AUGUCGUCGUACGAUGGCCGAGAGCGCUCAGAUGCGCCGCGGUAUCUUGAGCCUCCUGUCGUCACCGCUCUCAGGGAGGAGGCUCGAAAUGUCGCUGCUCCCGCCCCCAUGGAACGAUCCCUCAGCGAGGAUAUCCGGGAAGAACGCGAGGAUUUGAAAGAAGCUGCGGAACACACACUCAACGUUAUCGUGGAUUUGGACUUGGAUGGCCGAAUAAAGUGGGUUAGCCCCUCAUGGAGCGAGGUUAUUGGGACAUCAGCUCAGGAGGUAGAGGGACAGUUUAUCCACGAGAUUGCUUUGGAUAACAAGUCUAUCUUUAAGGAUGCAGUCGAUUCUAUGAAGGAAGAUGACUCCAAAAGUCAGAUUGUGAGGUUUGAUGUUCGCCUGGGCCCUUUGUCGGUUUUCUGGCAGGAUCGGAGAGCGCCUGAAGGAGAGGGGGAGGCUCCCACCGCUGAGACGGAAAAGGCGGACUUCUCACAGGAAUCUGCCGAACCAGAGGAGGAGCAUAUACUGAGCCUGGAAGGCCAGGGGAUAAUGGUUUAUGAUCGAUCUUCUGGUGGCGAUAGCCAUACUAUGUGGAUGCUUCGGCCAUCUACUGAGCCGAGGGAAGUAACGAUAGGCCUGCCUCCACUGCUCGUUGAAUCACUAGGAGUCGGAGCUGAAGUUCUCGCCAAUUAUCUCACUGUCCUCGCUGAAGUCGGGAUCAGCGAUCCUGCCCAUCACCCGCCCCCGAUGCCCGUCCUCUGCCGCAUCUGCGAGAGGCAGAUCACGCCCUGGUGGUUUGAGAAACAUUCGGAACUUUGUCUGCAAGAACAUAGAGCGGAGAUGGACGUCCAGAUGGCGCAGGAAAAUUUAAAUGAGCAUCGCCAUAGUAUCGUCAAGGUCUUGGACGCUCUCGAGGCUCGUAAAGGCAGAGAUAAUAACCCGUUUAUCGGCCCACAGGCAGAGUACAAGGGUUUGCAGAUUGGUCCUUCACCAGCAGCCUCAACUUCUGGCCUGAUCUCGGGCUCCUCUUCAUCCUCGGGCACGCCACCACGAUCUCGCGACCCGUCGACCUCUGGUCUAGGACAUUCCCGUGGACGUUCGUUUGCCGUUAGGCGUCCGCUAGCCCGUAUCGUGGAAUUAAUUCUAGAUCUAUGCGAUACUGCCCUAGAAAUCAGCACGCCUGCGCUUAAGGAAUCGCGAACGGAAGUAGGGGACGAGGUUAGGACACAGUCUCCACAGUCAGAGUCGCGGAUAUCGCAGGUCCUUCAAUGGCAGUCGCCUAGCAAUCACACGUUAGAACAGGAGAAAGGCCUGGCAGCCUUGUCCGCUGACACUGAGCAGGUUGCCCGUGCAAAGGUUGACUCUGUCUUUAGGCAUAGACGGAUUGUCGAGUAUGCUGAGCGUAUUCGAAUCGAGUUCACCGUCAUCGUGGAGGAGUGUAUCGCCGCUGCCAUGGCUAAGGCUGAUCGCAUCGCAGCUGGGAAUCUGGAAGAUUCAAGCUCUUCCUCCGACCUCGAUACUGGACCAGAGGAUCAAGAGGCUGGUAGUACACCUCAAGUCGUUCCCCUGGAGAGAACCCCUUCGGUAUCCGCAAUGUCAGCGGGCAGUAGUACUGCACGGUCUUUAUCUGGCGACCGAGGCCUUCGACGCGCUGUCGAAAGGGCUCCAACCACCCCUAUUCCCAUCUCUACCCGCUCUAGCAGCCCGAUGGAAUGUCCAACACCACGCUCGCUCAAGAGCUUGGGGAGCUUCAUCAACAACCCACCACACUCCAAACGAGGCUCUCUUCUUGCAGAAAGAGAGAGCGAUGCAGCUGAUAGCGACAGCAGUAUUCUAUCCUCCGUGUUGUCAGAGCGUAGAACGCAAUCUCCACUCUCUGAACGAGGACCAAGUCGGACCGCGAGUGCAAAGGAUAAGAACCGCCGCAGCCUAAUAUUACCUGGCGUUGCAUCCCCUCGAAGGGAAUCCCCUGCUCGAAACCCUCCCCACUCUCCCUUACGGUUGUCCAGGCCACGGUUCCCCGUAGGAAGUGAGAACGUACCAUCGCCGUCCACCUCUCCUCACUUGACGUCGGCUGAACUUGCGGCUCAUGGCCAUGGCCAAUUCUACCCUUCCCAUUCCCACCGUCAUCACCACCGUCGACAGUCUUCAGCUACCUCGCCGGAUUUAGGAAAAGCUCCAAUAUCACCACACUUGACUUCUGCUAGCCAUCCGCCACCUCCUGCCGUUGCUCCCUCGAUCAAAGAUUUUGAGAUCAUCAAGCCGAUAAGCAAAGGAGCAUUCGGAAGCGUCUACUUGUCCAAGAAGAAGUCCACCGCUGAAUACUUCGCUAUCAAGGUCCUCAAGAAAGCAGACAUGGUAGCUAAGAAUCAAGUCACCAACGUCAAAGCAGAACGAGCAAUUAUGAUGUGGCAAGGCGAAAGCGACUUCGUUGCAAAACUCUACUGGACAUUUUCUAGCAAGGACUAUCUCUACCUUGUCAUGGAAUACCUGAAUGGAGGUGACUGUGCUUCAUUAGUCAAAAUUCUCGGCGGACUAUCAGAAGACUGGGCGAAAAAGUACAUUGCUGAAGUUGUGCUGGGCGUUGAACACCUGCAUAGCCGUGGAAUUGUUCACCGAGACCUUAAGCCUGAUAAUCUUCUGAUCGACCAGAAAGGCCACUUGAAACUUACUGACUUUGGGCUUUCACGAAUGGGACUUGUGGGUCGACAAAAGCGUAUUCAGAAGAGCCCGAACGAUUCGGCGCCGGACUUAUUGAAACAUGGUCCAUUCACUCGGCCGGACGUUUCUCUUUCAUCCUCACGCUCGGCCUCCUUUGAUUUCCCUGCUACGGAUUCCCCGCACACCACUCCGUUGAUCGUCGCUGAGCCCGUUUUAACCCAGCCGUCAUACUUCAGCUUAAGCAAGGAACCUUCCUUUAGCCGUGAGCACUCAAGGAGAACAUCAGGCUACCGCAGCGAUAGUGGCAGCAGUGACACCCUUAGCCAGAUGCUAAAGAAUUGUGCAAUUAGUGAUACCGCAGGCUCAAACCCUAUGACACCCUUUGGCCACCCAUCGCUCCAGCAAUCCAAGUCUACGAUAGACGAAGAGAUACUUAGCGAAGGCAGUGAUUCACCCCACCUAUUCCCUGUGCAGGCAGCUUCCAGCUACACCACGCCAUCCUUCCCAUCCCAGUUCGAGAGUUCGCAACAGCCAAUGUUGCCGCCUCCUAUGGCCUUGUUUGAUCCUCAAGAUCACACUAGAUGCUUCGUUGGUACACCUGACUACCUUGCCCCAGAGACCAUUAAUGGUAUUGGUCAAGAUGAAAUGAGUGAUUGGUGGUCGUUAGGCUGCAUACUCUUCGAGUUUCUCUACGGGUAUCCCCCAUUCAAUGCUCAAACGCCUGACGAGGUAUUUGAAAAUAUUUUGCAUCGGAGAAUCAACUGGCCUGAAGAGGCUGAUGAAUUGGUAUCCCGCGAGGCUAAAGACAUCAUGGAAAAAUUGAUUACCAUCAAUCCGCAUGAACGUCUAGGGUCAAAUGCUGAUGAGAAAUACUCUAGCGGUGGUGCUGAGGUUCGUGCACACCCAUGGUUUUCGGACAUUAAUUGGGAUACAUUGUUAGAGGAUGAAGCUCAGUUUGUUCCUGCGCCAGAGAAUCCCGAAGAUACAGAAUACUUCGACGCGCGAGGAGCAACUCUACAUUCCUUUAACGAGGAAUUCGAAGGUCAACUUUCAUCUCCCAGUUCUAGUGGAGAUUACCCUGACCGACCCCACGAUGCGCUGUAUAAGGUGAAAACACAGGUCAAUUCUUUGAAGCGCGGUUUAAUGCCUCUUCACAUCCCGCCCCAUGUCCGUGAUACUCGGAGUCGCCGACUUAGUGAACCUGCAUUGGCAGAUGACUUUGGGAGCUUUAACUUCAAGAAUCUUCCUAUUCUGGAGAAAGCAAACAAAGACGUAAUUCAGAAACUACGACAUGAUGCAAUGCAGGCUCAGCAGCGGGCAGUCCCAAACAAUACGCCUUCAACCCCUUCCGGGCCAUCUCUCGAAGGAAGCCCCCUUCUACCGAUGCCAUUGAAGAGAACCAUGUCCCACAAUAAAGCCGGCAAUCGACCUUCUUCCCCGUCGAAUGCUAGUCUGCCCAACUCGUCUUCCCCUAGCAGACCUUCCCAGCCUGGCUCCCCUCUACUCGUACAAUUCAGCACUGCCAACCAUCACGAGCGACGGAAAACAUCUGGUUCGUCCACAUUUUCACCCGCUUCGUCUGGGUCUGCACCUACAAGCGGCGGCUUUGAACCUCCUCGUCUUUCUACCAACUUAAAGAUGUCGACAUCGACUGCGUCAUCGCCGAUAAAGAGCAUGAAGACUUCAAUGUCAUCCGAGACCGCAUCUCUACAUCGUCAAAGCAGUGUACCAAGCUCUCGGUCGAGGUCUCAUACUAUUGGCUCUCAAGAUAGCGACUUGACACCAGCAAAGGAGUCCUUUGUGCCUGGCCACUAUAAGCGCAAGAGUCAACUUUGGGAUAUUUCCCCAUCUUCCUCCGACAAUGAGGAUCCUCGCGCCAAAGCCUUGUUAAAGGUCCAGAGACGGAGGCAAAGUUCACGGAGAUUGUCGCAGAUUAAUUUGGUGGAAGGCCCCUUUUUCCGCCCGCUCGAUAUCCUGAUAUGCGAAGACCACCCGGUCUCGAGGUUGGUCAUGGAGACCCUCUUUGAAAAAUUACGGUGCCGGACAAUCACAGCAAUUAAUGGCUCGGAAGCGAUGAGAUAUGCUUUGAGUGAAGUGCAAUUCGAUAUCAUCAUGACCGAAUUCAAAUUGCCUCAGAUCAACGGAGCGGACGUCGCCCGGAUGAUUCGUGAAACUAGGAGUGUCAAUACCCAUACCCCUAUUAUUGCUGUGACUGGAUAUUUGAAAGACCUUCCGGAGACCCAUCAUUUUGACUCUCUUAUCGAGAAACCGCCAACUCUCCAAAAGCUAACGGAAAUUCUUUGUAAAUUCUGUCAAUGGAAACCUCCGCCAAAGGAUGAAUCUCCUAUCACCUACUCAGCAUUACGGCAGAAAUCCGGUGGCCUAGAAGAUAGCCCAAGCUCUGGAUCUUCCGGCUUUGUUACAAUACCUACCGGUUCCUAUCGGGGUUCGAGCCGCGAAGACUCUAUUGAUAGCAGCAGCUUUGUCGGCGAGUUUGAAUCUCCAAGAUCAGAUGAUAUUCCUGUCAUCAUUGGCCACCGACCUAUUGAGGGCUGGGAACGCAAUCGAGGUGGAGGGCUCGGUAUCACUGAUGAUGGCUCAUCGACUAUUUCACGGCCCAUCGUGACCGAAUAUCCAUCGUCUACCACUCCACCAAACCUUCUCCACGCAACUUCUGCGCCUGCGGCGUUCUCCAUACCGGGCGUCUCUACCCCGCGGAAGCGUAGCUCUGUUGAAUGCAUUCGAGCUAAGCGUGAGUCUCUUGAAAAGAAACGCUAUGAGGGCGCUGAAUCUGGUGAUGACGAAGAUGAGGAGCUCGGGAAUACGCAAGCUCGUAAAAGCCCACAGUUCACACCUGGAAGAACUCGACGGUCCGGCUCGAAGCUUGGUACGGAAAUGAUGAGGACGAAUAGUCGUGGGAGUGUAGUGAGCGUGGGUGAGGAUUAUAUGAAAGAGCGAGAAGUGGAAUCCGAUACGCAGACUGCUUCUUCGGGUACAGCUUCCACUGUUGUGCCAUCAGCUACUAUUGAAAGCACUAUGGACCGCUUGCAUUUAAGUGACGAGGCUCUCGGAGUCCUUCCAGAGGAUCCAGAAAAAGAGGAGGCCUCAGCUAUCAAUACCCCGUCAAACAGUCCCACGCCAGGUGAACUCGGCCAACGGCCUACGAAAGCACGGCCAAAUCUGAACCUACCAGAAAAUUCACUUUCCCCCUCCAGUCACCCUUUGUCAACCGCGCAGGGUAGCAUAACCCCACCCCUUAUCUCGCCUGGUACCAAGACGACAACUCCAGAGAACCACAAUUUCACCCUAGGCAGAACGGAUAACAGCCAAGAGGACACCGAAAUCACUCCUAAGCCGCAAGUUAGUGCUAGCUAUGUUGGUGGUGGGAAAGAUGAAAAUACCCCCGACGAGCCAACCCCUCGUGCAUCAGAUCGAACCAAGUCGCAUACUAGGGAGCUCGUGCUAGGCUGGAUGCGACGAUAA